AUGGCGGUGCGUGCCGAGAGGCGAGGCGACGAGAGACAUGAGGUUAAAGCUGGAGGAGCGAGGGAGGAGAGUCUCUCUCCAUCUUCCGCAUUGAAGGCCAACGUCCACCCAGUUGUUUCUCCGCAGGGAGCUUCCAACCUCCACGUUGAGCCGACUCUGGAAGCGUCUCAUCCCUGGUUUGUGAUUCCAGCGGACUCCAUCAGGGAAGAGUCGUCGUCGUCGUCGUCGUCGGCUUCCAAGCGCUUCGUCUUCUUGUGGUUUGCCCCUCAUGUGGAUGUUGUUUCCACAUCAUCGGAGUCCAUGGGAAUCUCUGACUCCGGCCCCAAAUCAGAUCUCUGGGGACCCAAGUGGGUUAUGGACGUCUGUAAUGCUGCCCCUCUUUGUGCACGAAAUAAAGAUCGCGGCUAUCGGGUUUUACAGUACCAAUUUGUCGUGUUUCGGUCAGCUCCCUUCCCGCCUCUUUGCCCCUCUCAGAACAGGGGUUUGAUUUGCCGAGCAUCAGAUUCUACACCUCAAACCACACAGAAUGAUGAUAAUUUGUGUGUACAAUACCCUGGGUUUUCUUCUGAUGUUGCCCUCUUAGAUGAACAGCCGCUGUUGCUGGAUGACCUGUUGACUGAACCAGAAAUUAGUCCGGGGGGGGUCUCUCUGAGGAGAUCCGCAAGUGAUCCACUAGCAUUCCUGGAGGUGGCUUCAAGUCUCCAUGGUUUGUCUCCGGUCAAAGAAGAAGAUGCUCUAUCAGAUGGUGUCCUCCAUGAAUCCCUGGAGUCUGAGGGAACCAGUGAAGUUGGUUCUGGGUUUGAGGCUGGGAAUUGUGUCUAUGGGCGUAACUCGCCAAGGCAAAGGAGUAAAUUGACGGACUCAGAGAGUUGGAUGGUGUCAUCUUUGCUGGAAAAUGUUCCAAGUAACCCGCAGCAGUAUUUAACCAUGGAUUAUCCAAGCACAUAUGUCGUGAAUGAGCCAAAUGGAAAAGAAGUUGAUUGUGUUCCUUCAGGCUAUCUGGAUUCUGAAAAGAUAUCAAAAAGAUGCUCAGGCCAACGUUCCAGGGUUCGAAAACUUCAGCAUAUUGUUCAACUUGAGAUAACUAUUGACAUACUUCAGACACUUGGAACAGAUUUGGUUGCUAGAGUUGCUUCUUUGUUUCAAUACCAUCUUGCUUUAUCUGUAGGAAACAAGAAUCUAAGACAGCAGAUAGCCAGUCUUCGGCAAGAGAAAAUUAUCAAGGAUGGUGAGCGCCAGUCUCUGAAGAACGAAGCAGAGAGGUUAAAAAUGAUGCUUAGGCACCACCAGAGAAGCAAAAGCAUGGCUUCAUGUUUUGAGAAGGGCACUUAUGUUGCAGAUCCUUCAACAUUAAAUUGGCAGAUGUUGGAUUUGGAAAAUCUCACUCUUGGUGGUAGCCAAGUUCCUUUGAAGCAUAGUCUGAGACACCGAUAAAGCCAUACUCCUCUUUCUCCUUGGGUUGGAAAUUCCUAGACACAGUUACUUGCUAGGGUUGGCUUUCAAAAUCCAGAUUAAAAUCUCUGGCUGUUAAUCCUCUCCCUGUUGAAUUUGGUAGGCACAAUCGAAGGCUAAAGUUGGUGCUACUGGUGUGCUGUUUGGCACAGCUUAUAACUAGUGUCAAUUACCCGAAAUGUUGAGCAAGGAUUGUGAGAUUGCACUCUGGUUGGGGUAGCAGCCA